GUAAUACAUGUCGAUAAUGCAUAUAAAUAAAAUCAGUACAGGCUGGCAUAAUAGUUAGGGCCUGCCAAAUAUAUAGUUAAUCUUGUGCUCUCAUUCAUAUUGAUAAUAGUUAUUGAAAUUAUCGAUAGAGAUGGCGUAUGGUGCGGUGAGUUUCCUGCUGGAAAACGUGCCGCUGCUGCUGACGUCACAUGCCGAUCUUCUCUCAGGCUCCGACACGGAAUACGAGCUCUGGCUGCUGACGAGCGAUCUCAUCUCUUUAGAGACUUUGCUCGAGCCCGAGUCAACAAGGUCGAAUAAAGCCACACAACUCAGAGAAGUUGAAAGGCAAAUCAAGAAAGUUGUGUAUGCCAUUGAGGACACAAUUGACGCUUGUGUGACUCGUCUGGCCGCGGCAGCUGCAGACUGGAAAAAUAUGUCCGGUUGCAGCAGACGAGAUCUCGUCGGCCCUGCUGACCUUGCUGACCUGGCACGGCAUGUCAGGUCCCUUAGGAAAGAUGAGUUGAAACCUGCCCUGGACAGGCUCAGAGGGUCGGGCAUAUCUGAUGAGUCGAGACAGAGACGAGGAAAGCAGGACGAGCCGAGGCUGAAAAAGGCACCAUCAAUGAUGGGAGACAGCAUGAUAGAUCUGGAAGAUGAGGAAAUAGAAUUAAUCAAAACUCUGAUCCAGCGACCAUAUCCUGAUAAGAUUGGCAUCACCCCUCUCAUCGGCAUCGCUGGACUCGGGAAAACGACCCUUGCUUGGAAGGUUUACAACAAUGAGGAAAUCCAGCGAGAGUUCCCCACCCGAAUCUGGGCCUCUGUCUCUCGAGAGUUCAACCCGAGAACCAUCUUUCUCGGCAUCCUCCAUGAAUUCACGAGCAAGGACAUGUCAGCCGAGACAACCUCUGACCUGGCAAAAGCUAUUCGUGCCUCUCUACAAAAGAGGAGGUUCCUUUUGGUCCUGGACGAUGUAUGGACUGCCAAGGCAUUGUCUACCAUCAGGUCUGCCUUGCCAGAGGACAACGAGAGGGGCCGAGUCCUUGUCACUACCCGCAGUCACAAAAUCUUCAACCAGAUCGAAUAUUAUGAUUCCCCCCAGAGGCUGCGUUUCUUGACGAAUGACGAAGGUUGGCGACUCCUUCAGUUCAAAGUAUUCAGGAAGGACGGGCAGUGUCCUCCGCAGCUGCAAGGGCUGGGAAGACAUAUAAGCGAACGAUGCCGAGGAAUACCGAUGCUGCUCUUGAUGAUAGCAGGGAUUCUUAUGGACUACGUCUCGAAAGAAGAAACAAGCGUUGCCAUCGUGAAGUCGUGGAUAGAGCUAUCCCAAAGCCUAGACGAGUACACUCGUGGUGGAUCGGAUGUUUUCAGGAGUGUUUUGGAAUUGAGUUAUGAUAGAAUGUGUGACGAGUUGAGGGACUGCUUUCUGUAUUUGGGGGUGUUCCCGGAGGAUUAUGAGAUCCCGGCUUGGACAUUGACCCGGCUAUGGAUUUCCGAGGGGUUCGUUCGACCAAGGCAGGGACAGAGCUUGGAGGAGAGAGCACACGAGAAUCUAAUAGAUCUCAUCGACCGCAACUUGGUCAUCAUUGAUAAACUUAAAAGCAACGGUGACGUCAAGACGUGCCGGAUUCAUGACACAGUGCACGACUUCUGUAAAGUGGAGUCCGAGGGGAAAGAGCAUCUCUUCCAAGUGUUGACGAAAAAUGGCGAUGGAACUUUCAUCAAACCUUCUCAGCACCGCCGCAUUUGCAUUCAUUCCAAUGUCCUGGAAUUCUUCUCUCCAGAGCCGUACGCCCCAGCCACUCGUUCUUUCCUUUCUUUCUCCGCAGAAGAAAUCUCCUUGCCGACAGAGGCCAUCCCAAAAAUCCCGGGGGCCUUCGAGUUGGCGAGGGUUUUACAUGUGAAGCCCCUCGUGUUCAGAAUAUUCCCACUCGGGCUGACUCAACUCGUGCUUCUCAAGUACGUGGUCCUCUCUAGUGACUUCAAAGUCCUUCCGGAAGCCGUUUCCAGGCUAAGCAACUUGCUGACUCUCGUAAUCCAUACAUCGUCUCGUACUUUGGCAAUCAAAGCCGAUAUUUGGAGGUCGAUGGUCCAGCUGAGAGACUUGAGGACAAACGCGUCAAUUACUUUGCACAAAAAACCAGCAGCUGGCGAAAACCGAGGUGGCCAGCAUCUUCAGACGCUGGCCAACAUAUCACCCGGAGAUUGCACCCUCGACUUGUUUGAGCGGGCACAUCACCUCAAGAAAUUAGGCAUUCGGGGGAUACUUGCCACGAUGAAUUUCGACAACUUAAGAGUACUAAAUGAGCUUGAGAAUUUGAAGCUGCUGAAUGAUGACAUCCAUGAUAUCAUGACCCCACUCAGACUUCCUCCUCCAGAUAAGUUCCCCCCGAAACUAAGGAGCUUGACACUAUCUGCCACUUUUCUGAGUUGGGAGCAGAUGUCUGUCUUAGGAAUGCUGGAGACUCUUGAGGUGCUCAAGCUGAAAGACAAUGCGUUCAGGGGUCGGUGCUGGGAGGUGGGCACAGGUGGUUUUCGUAGACUUGAAGUGCUGCACAUUGGGUACACGAACAUAGUUUCUUGGGAAGCUUCGGAUCACGACUUUCCUAAGCUUAAAUGCCUAUUGGUUAGAAAUUGUGAGGAACUUGAAUCGCUGCCCCAAGUGCUUGCAGAUGUACCAUGUCUCGAGACAAUGGUCUUGCAUCGUCUGAGUAAAUCGGCUGUGGCUUCAGCUAGAAAAAUCCAGCAGCAAAUAUUGCAAAACAGAGGGGACUGUGGAGGAGGAGGCAGGGGGAUUAAGCUCUCGAUAUUUCCUCCUUAUGAACGACAUGUUAAAUUAUGAUUUCUUUUGUUUAUGGUCUUGCAUGUUUUUUUGGGUUUGUUAGAUUGAUUUGUUUGCCGAAUUUUGAUUUAUUGUUGCUGUUGUUGUGGUCCGUAAAAUAGGAAGUUACGAGGAUUAGAAAUGAAUCAAGAUGAUGCUUGUGUUGUAUUCAAUGACCGAGCAAAAGUUUCGUUAAAGGUGACUCGAGCUUUUGGGGUCGGUUUUCUCAAACAGGUGUGUAUAUGUGAGUAUGUAUGUUCUUUUGAAGUAUAUUCUUAGUGGUGUUAGAUAUUUGCUCUUUCACCCCGAUAAAGUAUAAUAUGGUUCUGAUAUGGCCAACGUGUCCUUCUAGAAGGUUUUCAGAAAUGUAUGUCGAGUUGCUUUUGUGGUUAUGCAUAAAACCUUUUUCAGGCCAAACACUGGGAAUGAUUGUGGUUUCAUAGAAUCG